AUGCUCCUGCUUCCGCCCACGGAUGAGAUGAUCCCCUUUUACUUUGACAAUGAGGUACUGGACAUUAGUGGCUAUUGCGAGAUGCUGCGUGAGCAGCCGGACCGUGAGCUUGCUCGUCUUCAGCAAGUUCUAAUUGGUGCUCAGCGCCGCAUCAAGAACGAGCAUCCGCUCGAACGCGACAUGAGCUUAAAGAAGCAGGUGCAACCUCGCAUCCGAUUUCCCACUACUUGCAUCAACGACCAGCUGCCCUCGGCUACCGACCUCAAUAAACUCUGCUGGGUUCGCGGUACGGUGGUACGCGUGAGCAGCGUGCGCACCCUAGAGCUCAAACGCGAAUACACAUGCAUGCAGUGCGGCACGGUUUUUCUACAACAAGCUGAGAUUGAACAAAACUUUGCCAUUCGUACUCCAACCUCCUGCCCCACUGGGGCUUGUGAUGGUCGAAAAUUCAAAUCCGUCGGCACGAUCCAGCCCCACCUCUGCUGCGACUACCAAGAUAUCAAGAUGCAGCAAUGCAUGAACAGUCUGGAGUUUGGUACAAUUCCACAGUCGAUUCAUGUCAUCUUGCUGCAUGACUUGGUGGACAGCUGCAAGGCGGGAGACGACGUUGAUGUGUCGGCCGUGGUCCGCCAACGCUGGCUCGCUGAGAAGCCUGAUGAGCGCUGCGUCACGGAACUUGUUCUCGAAGCCAAUAGCGUCGUCAUUACCAACGACAAAGUUGCCGCCGUUAACAUCACCGAUGAUCUGCGGCAGCAGUUUGAGCGGCAUUGGUCCCUACGGCCCGAGCGUCCACUGUCCCAGCGCAACGAAAUUAUCGCUUCUUUUUGCCCCCAGGUCUAUGGACUCUACGUGGUGAAGAUUGCCGUGAUGUUGGUCAUGACGGGUGGCGUGCCACAUGUCGAUGCGACGGGCACGCGGACACGGGGCGAGUCUCACCUUCUGCUCGUUGGAGACCCUGGUACCGGGAAAAGCCAAUUUCUCAAGUAUGCGGCCAAGCUCAUUCCUCGCUCCGUCCUUACAACGGGCGUGGGAUCGACCAGUGCCGGUCUCACCGUGACGGCUGUCAAGGAAGAUGGCAAGUUGAUUCGCUUCGAAUUUCGGCCGGCACCAGGCGAAUGGACUCUUGAGGCGGGUGCCCUCGUUUUGGCCGACGGGGGCCUCUGUUGCAUUGACGAAUUCAACGGCAUUCGCGAGCACGACCGUGGUGCCAUUCAUGAGGCCAUGGAACAACAGACCCUUAGCGUGGCCAAGGCAGGCCUUGUUUGCAAGCUCAAAACGCGCACCUCUGUUCUUGCUGCUACCAACCCUAAAGGCUCCUACGACGUCGAGUCAUCCCUUAGCAUCAAUGUCGCCAUGGCCUCGCCACUCCUCUCCCGUUUUGACAUUAUCAUGGUACUUCUGGACGUGAAGAACGCCGAGUGGGAUACGGUCGUGUCAGACUUUAUCCUUGGCGAGUGUUCGGAGCGAACAUCGAACCCGGGGACUCAGCAGCCAUCGCGUGAUCUCAAUGGCGGAGCGACAGACCUGUGGGGCAUGAACAAGCUCAAGGCCUACUUGGCAUACAUCAAGUCUUUCGAUCCUGGUCUGUCAAAACCCGCUGAGCGGGUUCUAUCUCGUUAUUACCAGCUGCAACGCAUGGCCGACACCUCCCUAACAGCUCGAACGACCAUUCGCCUGUUGGAAUCGUUGGUGCGCUUGGCCCAGGCGCAUGCGCGCAUCAUGUGCCACGGCGAGGUCACGCUUAUGGAUGCUGUUGUGGCCGUGACCAUCAUCGAGUCUUCCAUGCAGGGUGCCUCCCUUUUGGGGGCAUGUAGUCCGCUGCAUUCAUGCUUUCCAGACGAUGCCGAGGCCGAGUACCUUGCUCAAGAGGCGCUCGUUCUGGAAAAGCUGGGCUUUCCUGACCUGCUUGGCACGACGCGGCUACAAACCAAUCAAGGCUGGGCAACCUCGCGGGGUCCAAUCAAACCCAGUGAUGGGAGCGGUGAAGGGGGCCCUGGCCCUGGGAAUAAUGCUCCACAUGGCCCGCACAGCCCGACUAAUGCUGGCAAUACUUCUUCCCAAAGCCUUGACGGGGUUCUUGGCGAAGACUCUGCUGGGCAGAAUCAAGGGCCUCACCCCACACAAGCAGGCUACAUGUUUUUCAGUCAAGCUGCCACACUCAGCCGGGUCAAGGCGAAGCGCUUGGAGCGAGCCCAGCAACGUCAAUCUCGAAAUGCAAGCGCUGUUGGAUUAUCUGCUGCCGCUCAAAGAGAUCAAGAGCAAGGAAGACCUGACUCGGAGGCCCGUGAGGGGGGUGAGGACGACCAUGGGAAUAGGGAUGAGGAGGAGGACGCUGAAUUGGACGCAGUGCUAGAGGAAGACUCGGAUUCAGAUUUUGCACCUUCAAUGCGACAUGUGGCUGCCAAGAGAGCCAAAAUUACGCAAGAAGUUUUGGCCACGCCCGAGGAGGAAACGGUGCAGCCUUCGUCUAGUCGCCCUGCAGACGUGCUGAGUUCAGACUCUUCAGAGGACGAGGAGGAAGCACGGGCCAUUGGCUCGACGACAAGCGAGGAGGCGAGUCAGCCUUCACUCUACUCGCAACAGCAGCGGCAGAAGCGUGCUGGUUCAGCGCGCGUGCCAACGCGUGCGAGCAGCAUGGCUAGCCUGGAAGUGUUUGCAUUUUCCCGUCCCGACCGUCCACGACGUGAGGGUGGUCUUCGGGGUGUAGUGGCCUCUGGCAGCGCUUCCAUGGCCAAUUUACCAUCUGUUGGGGUCACCCCUUCGACUUCUAGCCCAACUACGGCAGCGCCUGGAGAUGCCGCUCCUCAUGAAUCCACGAGCGGUGGUGGCAGCAGCGAGCCCGUGCCUUCUUCUGCAGCGCAACCACCGCCGUCUAGCCUGUCGGACACCGGGCACACAGCGGCAGCACACGAGGCGGCACUUGGCUCCCCGGUCCGCCGCAAAAAGUCAUUUCGCUAGGCUCCUUUUUGAGCUCGUUUGCAGCCUUUCUUGUUGCUGUCGUUGUUUCAUGAAGGGGCGGUCUGAGCUUACCUAUCUGUGUGCGGGUUCACAUGCAACUGAGUUGCAAUUUAAUUUUCACCUC